GACACCCAAUGCUAAACACUACGGUAGGAUAUCAGAAGACAUAUUUUAGUUGUCUGUGCUUGAAGUAUAGAGUAAUCAUGGCUGUCCGGCGAAAGAGGCUUGGGAAACGAUAUAUACUUCCUGGAAUUGUAUGUGUUGUUCUGGGUGUGCUUGCGUUUACAAAUAAUCAUCUGGAAACUAAACCCAUCGUCUUAUUCUCGACCCUUCAACCCUUUAAGGGAAAGGCAUGGGCGAAAGAAACAGGACAGCCAGAGACAGCGCUUAUUGCAAUGAAUGACGUUGACCUGCUGUACACAAAACGUCGCGACCACAUCAGGUAUGUAUGCGACAACAUCGAGGAAACAUCUAUGAGGAAACCAGUGGCCGUUCUAGCAUCCCAACUCUGGCACAUCCCUUCUCUGAAUAUCAUCUACUGUCCCUUAAAUGAGAACGACGAACCAUCAUGGACCCACAACCUUAAUAUAUGGUUAGCGGAUGAAAGUAACCUUCGCUCACAUUCAAAUACCGAAUCCAAGGAUAUAAAGAGGGUUCAUGGAAAAGCACUCUGGCAUACUGAAGAUGAACUUCAGACAGCCCUGAAGACAUCCUUAAAGGUUAUUUUCACACAAAAUCCUUACUGGCAGCUAUUCAGAUUUUACGUGAAUAACUUUCUCAGUCCUAGUAAACACUACCUCGAUGUUGGUAAAGAUAUCAUUACAAAGUUUAAAAAGGAGCCUUCAUUGAAAAACAAACAAUGUGGACAUAACAUUACUUUUCAAGAGUUUUCUCGCUUCGUCAAAUCAACACCUUACAAAAAGAAAUGGGCAGGAGUAACUCAAAAGUGUGAUCUGUGUUCCGUCAACUAUGACAUUUUUGGGAAAGAAGAAUCAUUUCUACAAGAUAUGGCCCAUGUGUAUCGCCUUAGUAGACCUGACACGCCAAUACCACAUAUGAGUGACAUUCAGGCUCGCUACGAUAAAGAUGAAAUUGAAAGCUUCGUUAGGAGUGCAUUUACAAGGAAGGAUGAGAUUGACUGUUUAAGUGACCAUUCUAUUUUCAUAAGACUAUGGCGACAGUUGCAAAUAUGGGGCUUUAUUUCGAUAGGAAACAAUUAUCCAUAUAGUGCAAAAAAGAGCAAGACGAUUGAGUAUCCGGUCAUGCUGAAUACGGUGUUGACAGCCUAUGGCGAAUCAAGAAACAUCACAUCCUCAAAUAAAAUAGAUGCAUUUACCUUAGCAUUUCACCAACUGACAUUCAAUGACGUGAACGAAGUCAGGCAAUUUUACCGGAAGGAUUUCACCUUUAUGUCUGAAAACGAUCAUCCAGCGAGAGUAUUUUUCAAACAGGGCCCCAAACCCGAGUUUGAAUAUUUUGAUGUUAUUUCCUCGGACUGAACCGUGAUCUUGCAAUUAAGGGUAUUUGAGGGGGAAAUCAAUGUAUUGGACUCAAAUGUUCUUCUACCAUGACAUAUGACACUCCUACAUUCCGACUGACCUAUCGGCGGUUUCAGAUCUGUGACAAACCAUAAUUUUGUUGCUUAUCGCGUCAAAGCUAAUGGGUUCUUUCUUUGAAAUAUUUCUAUCAAGAAUUAUAACUUUAACUCAAUAAACAUUGCUAAAUAUCCCAUAUCGAUAUCGAAUCUAGAUGAUUUUACAUUACGUUUCGAGUCUAGAUGAUAUAUGUUAUCAAGGGUGACAAAAUAUUUGUUUAAACAGAAAUCCGACUGAAAGUGCCAUGUGGUGGUACAAUCCAGUACUGCGGGUAAUGGUGGUUGCAUCGACUUCAUGUCUGGGGAACACGAUAGCGACAUGAUAGUUACGUGACUUCAGACAUAAUGUUGCAAGGACCGUUUCCUUUUCUCUAGGGCUCACCUUUAUCUGCUUCAGGCCAUGAUUUGUUGAAUGAUUUUGGCUACCAUCACAGUUGGUGUUGUUUUGUCAUUGUGGACUCGAGAGAUCCGUGUGGUCUCGAAACGCAUGCUGAAUCUAUUUCUUUUUGAAACUAACCACAUACUAACGCAUUCGGUUUAGUGUUACUUUAAACAGAUAUACAAUCUAUCGAAUCAAUAUUGAUAAUUGUAUUAGUAAUACCUAUUGCUGUUCUUCCCAAGGUAUAUGGACAAAUACAUCACAGUUUUGUCUUUGGGCGCCGAGUAGGUUACACGAACUGUUGACGUAUUGGCCGAAAAACAGUUUAAAAUAUCGGUAUCAAUUACUUAUUUAUGAAUAUGUACAUACAAUGUUUAGGUAUCAAAAUUGACAAAAGCAACCGAAACGGGCAUAAAAUAUUCGCCAACCAUUCCCAUGAUGACUUCAACUCGGGCUCAAUCAGAAAACCCGACAGAAAAUUAGACAGAGUUGUCUCCCCGGACAGCUCUUCACAGCGAUUACCUCGUUCGCGGAGCUCACUAUACUAUCGCUGCCACCAGUGAAAGAUCCCCACUGUGUGGGUUGCUACAACCAUGCUUGGAGUUAAACACGCAACCGACGGACUGUUUGUGAAUCUGAAUUUCUGUUUUAUUGCAACUAUCUUGCAAUUGAUAUAGUAAGAAUGUAAGGGAUAAGUUGGUUUAUUUUCCGUUCGUCUGCAAUCUCGAACCAAUCUGAUCAAAUACACAAAAAGGUAAAUUCAAUAGGGAAAUCUGGUCAGUCGUAAACCUUUUCAAAUUCACUAUGAUGGCAUUCCCAAAGAAAUAAACAAAAACAUAAUUUAUGUUAGAAAAAAUAACAGAUGCAUUUGUCUAUACUAUGUUUUGCUACCCACCAUGUCUAACGGUAUUGAACAUUAGGGUGCAGUUCAAUACUUACCUGUCAACAUGAUAACUUAAUAAGCCAAAUCAAAUAGUGUUAUCAUGUUGAGGGACAAAUGAACGUCACAGGGCGAAAUUGGUAAGACUUUGUAGUUUCCCCAAACCCUACUUUUGUUUAAAUUUGUUUUUGUAUGAAUAAAUAAAAAGAUGUUUGAUGGGGGACUCAGAAUAUCUUUACAGAAGACGCUUUUACCACUAACAAUAACAUGGUCUUGGAAAUGACUAUAGACUGUCUUGUUUUCUGACUGUAAAUUUGUGAUUUUAACAAAGACCUCAUGUAUCACCAUGUACACGGGACGCAGUUACCGUUCUGAUAGGAUCUCAUAAGAGUAUCUGAUUAUACAAUUGCUCAGUGACCAUACUGAGAAUUGGUGCUUGGGGAUACCAAAGGUAACAAAUUAUUAUGAUGUAAAAUUGGUUGUGAAUACUUGUGUGAAUACCAUGUCGAUAGGAUGUCGUUCGGAGAGUAAUCCUUUCCUUCUCUGGAGGAAGUCGCUCAACCAGUUCAUACAUUCUAUGUCAAAGACGACCAGACUUGGUUAGAAUCCGUGUUUAUCUGUGUCAAGUUCCAUUUGUUGACAUUUUAGUGAAUUCGUCAAGUGAUAAUGUAUUUUUAUAUUAAUGGUAUUUUUGUCAAAUUGUAAAAGAAACUGUUAUAUAUAUUAUGUAUAUAUUCAAUGUGGAAAAAAGGUAA